AUGCGUAGCAAGUCCAAGAACAACGUCGAUACAUCUCUCGGUGAUGCCAGAUAUGACCCUUCUACCAAGAGCCGAGGUGCCAACGAGGAGCUAGCCGCCCCAACAUACAGUCAAGAACCAAACCCAUCGUAUCCAUCUUUCCGUGAUGAUCUAGUCAAGCCCACCACCAAGACAUUGAGAAAAGCUCUUAACAAAAGCGUCACCCCGAGUGACAGCGUCAGCCAGGUGCCCAAGAGACCGAACAAGUCUCUUGAGAUCGAGCGGCGCCGCACUCCUUGGGCGAAGCCUUCGAACUCGCCACUUCUUCAAGAUUACCCUCCAAACGGGCUUCGACAACAAGCUUCCAGGCCGUACGGUUUGGCAUCAACUCCCCUCAGGCGGCGUCAGCACUACCCCUCACCUGCUGGGCCCCGUGCCGUGCAUUUGGAUGCAAUAUCAUGCGCGCACCGCUGGUUGAAAGAUGUGGAAACAGACAUCACGCCGCCCCUGCCGCGUCAGUAUCGUCCAGGACUUGAUCCUCGUCGCAAACUAUACUCGGGUUCGGUUCAAGCCGAGGCUUCGUUGACGGAUCGGAAGUUCGACAAUCUGGCUCAUGAAGCAUUAAGGCUCCAAUACCAGGCAAAAGCCGAAAGGCCCAAGCGCCGACAGGAGCGAGCAACUGAAGCUCAAGACAGUGCCAGAGGGCAAAGCAAGGGCCAAGACAGGGGCAACUACCCCGUCAAUGCUUGUCUAAUCCCCACAUCGAACCAGUACAGCGGCACUCAAGCUGGUCCCAAGACGGUCAAGGAGCUGAGAGCGCAUGUCACGCGUCUGCAAGCCGAUAACCAGCUGCUGAAGGAGGACAUUGAAGGCCUUUGCAACGAAGUUGCAACGCUGAGGCGAAAACUACGGGGCCGAGAUGCGACACAGGAGCGGACAGCGGCCCUGUUGCAGCAGUACAAAACGAAGGCGAGCCAGGUCAGUAAGUUGUGGGAGGAGAUGGCGAUCAUGCAUAUCUGA